GCGUCUGCAACAACCCCCCCCCAACUGAUAAAAAACAACCGCACGCAAAGAUUCCAGCCUUUAGUCUUCAGUCUUCUCCAGGUUCUCAUCAACACUGAGAUGGAGAUGGAACCGCAGUGGUCUCUGGGAUUUUUGUGAGGAGGCUUUUUACUUCUAAUUGUCUGAUCCAAGAAACGCGUCGCAUCAUAAGGACUAAAAGAAUAUCCUUCAUGUUGCUGAAGAGAAUGCUGACUCCUUGUUGAGGGUCAGAAAAUGAACACCUCCUCCUCUGGUGAACCUGCAGUCACCAUGUAUCAGCAGAGACCAGGAUAUGACCUCAAUGCCAGCUGUGACUGGCUGGCGUCACACUGCAACCUGUCAUCAGAGGACUCUGCGCUUCAGCUGCCCACCUUUUCCACGGCGGCUAAAGUCAGAGUGAUCAUUACUUUCAUCCUGUGUGGUAUAUCCACAUUCUGCAACUUGGCUGUGCUGUGGGCGGCCAACAGCCACAAGCGUAAAUCCCAUGUGCGAGUGCUGAUUAUCAACCUGACGGCAGCUGAUCUCUUGGUUACCUUCAUCGUGAUGCCAGUGGAUGCUGUGUGGAACAUCACAGUCCAGUGGCUGGCUGGAGACCUUGCCUGCAGAGUCCUGAUGUUCCUCAAGCUCCAAGCCAUGUACUCCUGUGCUUUUGUUACAGUGGUGAUUAGUCUGGACAGACAGUCAGCUAUCCUUAAUCCUCUGGCCAUCAGCAUGGCACGGAAAAGGAACAGGAUCAUGCUGAUGGUGGCAUGGACUAUGAGCACCUUAUUCUCAAUCCCUCAGAUGUUUAUUUUCCACAAUGUGACCAUCACCUAUCCAGCAAACUUUACUCAGUGCACCACCAGGGGGAGCUUCAUUACUCACUGGCAAGAAACCGCCUAUAACAUGUUCACGUUCUCCUGCCUCUUCUUGCUGCCGCUUGUCAUAAUGAUCAUCUGCUACACCAGGAUCUUCAUCCAGAUCUCCAAACGCAUGAAAAAAAAGAGCUUGUCCUCUGAUGAACCACAUUUACGCUGCUCAAAGAACAACAUCCCCAAAGCACGGAUGAGAACUUUAAAAAUGAGCAUCGUCAUAGUGAUCUGCUUCAUAGUUUGCUGGACUCCAUAUUAUCUCCUAGGUUUAUGGUAUUGGUUCUUUCCCGAUGACCUGGAGGGAAAAGUCUCUCACUCCCUCACCCAUAUCCUAUUUAUCUUUGGACUUUUCAACGCUUGCCUGGAUCCCAUCAUCUACGGGCUUUUCACAAUACGAUUCCGCAAAGGGUUGAGAAGCUGCUGCAAAGGUGCUGAAAAUUCAGAUAUGGACAAUAAUGCAAUGAUAAAAGACCCUCUGAGAUGUACUGGCGCUGCUUUUCCUCCCAAAAGAGGAAUGACCACUGGUGAAAACGACAGCGGUUCUGUCAAGGCUAAGUCAAAUUCUACUGAGAGCCAGAGCCUGACUGCAGAAGAUAACAACCCUGUCAUAUAAGCAGUGAAAGCAAAAACAUGAAGGAGAAAAAAAAGACUGCAAGCUGAAACUCAGCAUACUAUCAUCAAUCAUCUCCUCCUUUUUUUUUUUUUUCCAUGUUCGUCUUAUUAAAUGGACAUUCUUCUAUUACAGUCACAUAUAAAAUGCAUGUAUAAGAACAUGUUUACAUCAAGACAUAGUCAUUAUGUUACAGGCUUAAGGUGAACUUGUGUGUGUUGCUGUAAGGAUUGUACUGCAUUUUCACCAGGGACAGUUUACAAUAGACCAUAUUUGGAUCAGUUUUACUUCAUAUGUGCAAUAUACAUUUACUGUGCUUUGCAAAAAUCCAAAUGGAAAAAGAAAAAGAGGGUGAUUGUCAGGUUUCAGAG